AUGGAAAAGAAGCCCUUGGGCGAGGGCUCUUACGGUCAAGUGACCAAGGGCAUCCACAAAGACACCGGCGCUGUGAGGGCCAUCAAAGCGAUCAACCGGCACAAGAUCUCGGACCAUGGACGUUUUCAAGUCGAGGUGGACAUUCAGUCCUCACUUGACCAUCCCAACAUCGUGAAGCUCUACGAAGUCUUUCAGGACGCCAAGCGAUUCUACCUCGUGAUGGAGCUAUGUACAGGUGGAGAGCUUUUUGAACGGAUCGUGGCGGAGUCGGAGAAGCAUGACGGGGCCCGGGCGUUUGAUGAACGUGGGGCUGCGACCUACAUGCAGCAGAUCCUUGGAGCUAUGAGCUAUCUCCACAAGAACAACUUCGUUCAUCGGGAUAUCAAACCGGAGAACUUCCUCAUGCAGAACCAGGAGGCCAAUGCUGAUAUUAAAGUCAUUGACUUCGGAUUGGCCAAGCAUUACAAGCCCGGUUCAGGAGCAACCAUGAAGACGCGAGCGGGCACGCCUUACUACGUGUCCCCGCAGGUCCUGGCUGGUGCAUAUGAUGAGAAGUGUGAUGUGUGGAGUUGUGGUGUGAUUUGCUACAUCCUCUUGUGCGGCUACCCUCCCUUCUACGGCGAGAAGGACAAAGAGAUCCUCGCCAUGGUCAAGAAGGGCGAGGUGAAAUUCGAUCCUGCGGAUUGGUCUGAAGUCUCCAGUGAUGCAAUUGACUUCAUCAAGCUCAUGCUGACCUUCAAUCCUGACAAGCGGCCCAGCGCACAAGAGUUGCUCACCCACAAGUGGCUCACGACCUCUGCGUCAGCACCUGUUGGGCGCGUGGGAAAGGACUUAGGCCACAAGCUCAAGCACUUUCAAAGCAAUUCUCGGAUGAAGAAGGUGGCCUUGACACUGAUUGCACAGCAGCUGAAGGAUGAUGAACUCAAGGAGUUGAGAGACACCUUCAUUAAGUUGGACAAGGAUCGAGAUGGAACCCUUAGCUUGGAGGAAAUCCAGAAUGGCAUGAAGAUGGCAAAGGCAGAUCUUCCUGAAGACAUCGUGGAAAUCGUGCGGAACCUGGACACCGACGGCAGCGGGAACAUCGACUACACGGAGUUCAUGGCGGCCACCCUGACCAAGAAGCAGUACCUGCGCAGAGAGGCCGAACGAGCCGACGACGGAACGUGUCAACGGCCACGGGUGGCGUUGGGGUCAGUACCUGCGUUGGCUUUUAUCGGUGAUGUGGGCCGCUUUCCGAGUCUUCGAUACCAAUGGGGAUGGUGUUGCUUGGAGCGGUUAGCUGCUGAGGGGUUGGCGCUAGACCCCCAGGUCAUCACCAAGGACGAGCUGGCCAAGAUUCUGAAGGAAGAGGACAACAUGGCGCACAUCGAAAAGAUGGUCGCAGAUGUGGACUUGGAUUCUAAUGGAGAGAUCAGUUUUGAUGAGUUUUGCAUCAUGAUGGAGAAAGACUCCGUUGGGAUCCUCGGUGCUGCCGCGGACGGUGCAGAGGCCGAGGCAAACGCCUUGCCAGAGGUGGCACGGUGUGAUUUGAAGUUGAGCAGGCGUGGCUAUGUCCGCUUCCGCUUCCACUCGGGCGCUGCCAGCUGCGUCGAAGCCGCUGCCGCCCAGUGGUCCGAGUCGGAGCGGGCCUUCAAGGCGGACAAGGCGGCACUAGGCUAUCAGGUGCAAUCGGUCUACCCGGCCUCCUUGGUCCUGGACUUGGCAGGUGGCCCAGACGGCGAGAUGAUCGUCACACUGGCAGAGCGCACAGGCGUGCGCUACUUGAAGCUAAACGCUGGUGGGUUGACAGGCUACAUCAAGAAGAUGAUGCCCACAUGUGAACACAGGGUCUUCUUCAGUGGGAAGGCUACCCCGCUGCAGCUAGACAUGCUUCGGGUAGAGCUUGAAGCCUUGCUCAUGGAGGCUCACCAGAAGAUGUCGCAGUUGCUUGAGGCAAAACGCCCGAUUGAGCUCUUUGUCAGUGGUUUGCCACCAGAGAUGGGGGUUUGGGACCUCGAGGAUUGGCUGGUGGAAUUCGGCCCGGUGGACAGCAUCGAGCCCUGGGAGAACGGAGCCCUGGUGACGUUCCAAAGCGCCGACGCGGCGGAGAGCGCUUCCAAGGGGCUCAGCAGCGGAGUGAAUUCCAAGCAACAAAGCUUGGAGUGUUACUUGAAACCUCGCUCUCAAGAUGCUUCCAAGAGCGGCUCACACCUGGAACCUGGGACUGUCCUGGUGACGAACCUGCCACCUGGGGCCACCAAAGACACUGAGCUGCACAUGUGA